CCAAAAUGGCGCCAGAGGUAGUGGCGGGCUGAGGACGAUCCGGGACCCCUCGAAGCCCGUGCUGCGGUCUGCGGGCCGUCGCGACCCCUCCGGACAUGGAGGACGUGGAGGCGCGCUUCGCCCACCUCCUGCAGCCCAUCCGCGACCUCACCAAGAAUUGGGAGGUGGACGUGGCGGCCCAGCUGGGCGAGUAUCUGGAGGAGCUGGACCAGAUCUGCAUCUCUUUCGACGAAGGCAAAACCACGAUGAACUUCAUCGAGGCGGCGCUGCUGAUCCAGGGCUCCGCCUGUGUCUACAGCAAGAAGGUGGAAUACCUCUACUCGCUGGUGUACCAGGCGCUCGACUUCAUCUCUGGCAAGAGGCGCGCCAAGCAGCUCUCCCCACUUCAGGAGGACGGGGGCAGCUGGUACUCUGGCUCCAGGGCCCCCCAGGAAGUGGAGGACGAGUUCCUGUCGCUGGAUGACCUCCCUGACUCCCGGACCAGCGUGGAUCUGAGGACUGGCCAGGCGCCCAGUGAGAUCCUCAUCAUCCCGCUCCUGCCCAUGGCCCUGGUGGCCCCUGACGAGGCGGAGAAGAACAGCAGCCCGCUGUACAGCUGUCAAGGGGAGGUCCUGGCCAGCCGGAAGGACUUCAGGAUGAACACAUGCACCCCGCACCCCAGAGGGGCCUUCAUGUUGGAGCCGGUGGGCAUGUCCCCCGAGGAGGCCUCGCUACCCAGGAGCCAGAAGGAGGCCCCGGGGGCUGAGGAGCAGCCCAUGGAGUUGUCUGCUUGUGGGAGCCCCGCCCCCAACCUCUGCCAGGAGCCAGGCCCCUCUCCAGAAGGUCAGCAGCCGGGCGGCUGGGGUGAGGACGAUGAUGCCGAGGGGCCGGGGAAGCCCCCCGAGGCCCCUGCAGCUGAGGCCCCUCUGGAGUGCGAGGAGCCCAGGAGCCCGCAGCAGAGCGUCCAGCCCCGGAGGUACGUGCUGCGGGAGAGACAGGCGGCCCUGGCGCCCGCGCCCCAGCCGCAGCAGGAGCCCACAGACCCCUGGCAGAGCCUGGACCCCUUCGACUCCCUGGACUCCAAGCCCUUUAGAAAAGGCAGGCCCUACUCAGUGCCCCCCUGCGUGGAGGAGGCCCCGGGGCAGAAGCGCAAGAGGAAGGGCACUGCCAAGCUGCAGGACUUCCACCAGUGGUGCCUGGCCGCCUAUGCUGACCACACUGACGGGAGGAGGCCCCGGCGGAAGGGCCCAUCUUUCGCGGACAUGGAGGUCCUGUACUGGAAGCAUGUGCGGGAGCAGCUGGAGACGCUGCGGAAGCUGCAGAGAAGGGAGGUGGCCGAGCAGUGGUUGCCCAGGGCCGAGGAGGGGCUGUGGCCAGUGGAGGAAGACCGCCUGGAGGACCCCCUGGAGGAUCUGGGGGUAGCAGAUGACCUCCUAGAGCCUGGGGCAUCCCCUGAGUCUGCAAGGACAAAGCACGAGGCAGCGGCCGACCUGGCGGAGGCCAUGCCGGCGUCCCUGAGCUACGAGGAGCUGGUCCGCAGGAAUGUGGAGCUCUUCAUCACCACCUCACAGAAGUUUGUGCGGGAGACAGAGCUGAGCCAGCGCAUCAAAGACUGGGAGGACACGGUGCAGCCGCUGCUCCAGGAGCAGGAGCAGCACCUGCCGUUCGACAUCCACACCUAUGGGGACCAGCUCGUGUCCAGGUUCAGCCAGCUGGACCAGUGGUACCCCUUUGCGGAGCUGGUGGCCGGCCAGCCUGCUUUCGAGGUCUGCCGUGCCAUGCUGGCCUCGCUGCAGUUGGCCAACGACCACACGGUGGAGAUCACCCAGCAGCCGGGGCUGGAGGCGGCCGUGGACACCAUGUCCCUGAGACUGCUCACGCACCAGCGGGCGCACGCGCGCUUCCAGACCUACACCGCCCCCUCCAUGGCCCGGCCCUGAGGGCCGCCCCCGCCCCCGCCCGCUCCGGGCUGGCCCAGCCCAAUAAAGUGCUGACGUCACAGCUCGGCGGUGCG